AUGCCCCUCGUCCUAAUCUCGGGCUACCCCUCCGCAGGCAAGACGACGCGCGCCCUCCAACUGAAGGAAUUCUUUGCAUCCAAGAUCGCCGGCUCCGCUGCCGAUGCUCGAGCUGGCAAGCUGCGAGUACACCUCAUCAACGAUCAAUCGCUGGGCUUAUCGCGUCUCGUCUACCACACCGCGAAGGCUGAAAAGGAUGCCCGGGCCGAGGAGUAUUCUGCCGUGAAGAGGGUGCUGUCGCGGGACGAUAUCGUCAUUGCUGACGGGCUGAAUUAUAUCAAAGGCUUUCGCUAUCAGCUGUACUGUGAGGCAAAGGCUGUCCAGACGCCCAGCUGCGUGGUCAAGGUGCACAUAGGGACUCCAGCCGACAAAUGUCGUGAGAUCAACUCCAAGCUUCUAGCGGAUAAAGACAAAGACGGCGGAUACGAAGAGGAGGAUUUUGAGAACCUGAUCUUUAGGUAUGAGGAGCCGAAUGGCAUGACGAGGUGGGAUAGUCCUCUGUUCACCGUGCUUGAGGAAGACGAGACGCCGCCGUUCGACAAGAUAUGGGAGGCUUUGGUAGGCAGUGACGGGAAGGCGAAGGUCGUGCGACCAAACCAGGCGACGGUGCUGAAACCGGCAACGGAGCAAAACUACCUCUACGAGCUCGACAAGACCACGUCCGAUAUCCUCACCCAGAUAAUGACCUACCAGAAGGACCAUCCUGGCGAGGGCGGCGGCGAAGUGACGGACCCAGACGUUGAGAAAUCUAUCGACCUGCCAGCAGCCCCAAUGACCCUUCCGCAGCUGCAGCGCAUCCGCCGCCAGUUUAUCACCCUCAACCGCCAACACAGCAUCUCGAAAUCGCGGAUAAAGGAGAUCUUCGUCGACUACCUGAAUGAUCAGUUCCUGCGAUAG